GCUUACGCAAGCAAACAAAUAUGGCUGCCCCCAGUGUGGUAUGAGCGUGUGGAAGUUCAUGCCGAGCUUUGGCGGUUGAGCUGCCGGUCUUGUGUUAGACGUUGCGGGUUUAGUUUACGAUGACGGGCGGGUGUGAGACACUGGUCCUGCUGCUGUCAGCAGCGGCCUGGGUGAGCGCUCAGCCAGAGGAAGAUGGAUCCGCUGGACCAUGGGAUCUUCUCCAUACAUAUUUGAUGGUGGUAUGGCUCAACAGGUUCUACAUUUAUUCAAUUGCUGCAUUUGGUGUCACUGUCUGGAUCUGCAGUCAGGUGAUUACAGGGAGGAAAAAACAGGUAGAAACCUUGUCACACAGUGACGUGCCCUCAUUGACAAGUAAAGCAGUGAAAAACAGCGCUUCUGAUCUAAGUAAGGAGAAAGAAGUCUUUGUUUCAGGUGUCAAGAUCUUCUAUGGCUCUCAGACUGGUACUGCCAAGGGCUUUGCCAGUGCUCUUGCUGAAGACGUCACUUCUCUGGGCAUUUCUGUUGAAAUUAUAAACAUGAAGGACUAUGAUCCAGACGACCAUUUGGUCGAAGAGACAACAAGUAGAAACAUUUGUGUCUUCCUAGUUGCUACUUACACUGAUGGAUUGCCUCCUGAAGGUGCAGAGUGGUUCUGCAAAUGGCUGGAAGAAGCCUCCAAUGAUUUUCGUUUUGGAAAAACCUUCCUUAAAGACCUGAGAUAUGCCGUGUUUGGAUUAGGGAACUCUGUAUACAGCAGCCAUUUCAACACGGUUGGUAAAAGCAUUGAUAAGUGGCUGUGGAUGCUGAGUGCCAGCCGGGUGAUGACCCGUGCGGAGGGCGACUGUAACGUAGUGAAGAGUAAGCAUGGCAGCAUUGAAGCAGACUUCGCUGCCUGGAAGGCAAAGUUCUUGAGCAGGUUGAAGGCUCUGGCGAAUGGGGAGAAAAAGAACUGUAGUGGUAAAUGUAAGAAAGGAAAAUGUAAGACACAUUCUGUGGAUGAAGAGCAGAGCAAGCAUGGAGAGUCGGAACAGGAAGGCUCUGAGGAAGAACUGUAUGAGACGACCAGCGAAUCCGAAUCGGAAGGGGAGAAGGAGCCAGGAAGUGGUGGUCUUAUAGAUGUUGAAGAUUUGGGAAAGGCAAUGAGCAGCAUGAAGAAAGCUAAAAAGGACCAGGAAUUAAAUGGAGAAGCUGGAAUUGUAGGGAGAUCUCUUCAAAACUCUGACAAAGCAAAUGAGGAACCAAGAGAAAUGAUUACGCCUGCUCUCCAGGAGGCUCUAACUAAGCAAGGUUACAGGCUGAUUGGAAGCCAUUCAGGUGUCAAGCUUUGCCGCUGGACAAAGUCAAUGCUGAGAGGAAGAGGAGGUUGUUAUAAGCACACAUUUUAUGGCAUUGAAAGUCACAGAUGUAUGGAAACUACUCCCAGUCUGGCUUGUGCAAACAAAUGUGUGUUCUGCUGGAGACAUCAUACCAAUCCAGUGGGAACUGAAUGGAGAUGGAAGAUGGACCAGCCGGAGAUGAUUAUACAGGAAGCCAUUGAAAAUCACCAAAACCUGAUCAAACAAUUUAGAGGAGUACCUGGUGUGAAGGCUGAUCGGUUUGAGGAAGGCAUGGCCAUUAAGCACUGUGCCUUGUCUUUAGUGGGAGAACCAAUUAUGUAUCCUGAGAUCAACAGAUUUCUAAAAUUACUUCAUCACAAGGAAAUCUCUAGUUUUCUGGUUACAAAUGCUCAAUUCCCAGAAGAAAUAAGGUCUCUGGAGCCAGUCACACAGUUAUAUGUGAGUGUGGAUGCGAGUACUAAGGACAGCCUUAAGAAAAUUGAUCGCCCACUCUUUAAGGAUUUUUGGCAAAGGUUUCUUGACAGCUUGACGGCUUUGGCAGAUAAGCAACAACGGACGGUAUACAGGCUGACCCUUGUAAAGGCAUGGAAUGUGGAUGAGCUCAAAGCAUAUGCAGACCUUGUGAAACUAGGACAUCCAGACUUCAUAGAAGUUAAGGGUGUGACCUACUGUGGAGAGAGUUCUGCUAGCAAUUUAACUAUGGCAAACGUGCCUUGGCAUGAAGAGGUUGUUCAUUUUGUCCAAGAGUUGGCAGAUAUGCUUCCAGAUUACGAAAUAGCAUGUGAACACGAGCAUUCAAAUUGUAUAUUGAUUGCUCAUAAAAAGUUCAAGAUUGAUAAUGAGUGGUGGACCUGGAUCGAUUAUGAGAGAUUUCAAGAACUGAUUCGCACAUAUGAGAAAAGUGGAGGCACCAAGACCUUUACAGCCUUGGACUACAUAGCAAAAACUCCCAAUUGGGCUCUGUUUGGUUCCAAUGAGAGAGGCUUUGAUCCUCUAGAUACACGUUUUCAACGUAAAAAUAAAACUAAGGACAUCUCUGGGUGCUAACAAGCAAUCAUGGUCUUUGAGUAAUUGAGCCAUUCGUGGGAAAAUGUUUCACUUUACUAUUAGAUACUUUGUGUGUUAUCCAUGCAUUUAAAGUUUAGGAAAACAGACUUUAGAAAACCAUGCAAAUUUCCAAGCUAUGAAUUUCAUACUUUCUAGUUUCAGGUGAAACACCAGUUGUUCCCAAAAAGGAAUCUGUCAGACUAUAGGUCAAACUACAGUGCUGUAAAUGCAUCUUUUUGGUAGGGGGAAUGUCUUUUGUUGAAACUUUUUCCAGUGGGUUCUUUGAGCAUUGGUAAAUGAUUUUUAUUAUUUUAUAGCUAUUUUUAAUGAUUUUAUUUUACUCUUACUCUGGGGAAAAUAUUAAAGUUUGUUGUACCCACAAAUAAAAAAAUAAAGCUAUGAUUUUGUGACUUUUUU